GAUAGUCUUUAGUUUAUGGUGCGAUCGCCGCUUGUGACAGUUCGUGUGAGGAAAAUUGGAAAUUAUGAAGUAAAACAUUUUCUCAAAUAUUGUGUUUAAAUGACAGCAGGAAAAGAAACGAUGGGUGAGCAGCCAAUCUUCACGUGCAAGGCGCACGUGUUCCACAUAGACCCGAAGACGAAGCGAUCGUGGAUGUCGGCCAGCUCCGCCGCUGUUUCCGUCUCGUUCUUCUACGACUCGUCGAGAAACCUCUAUCGCAUCAUCAGCGUUGAAGGGACCAAGGCGGUGAUAAACAGCACAAUAACGGCGAACAUGACCUUCACGAAGACAUCUCAAAAAUUCGGGCAAUGGAGCGACGUGCGGGCCAACACGGUUUACGGGCUCGGGUUCGCGUCCGAAGCAGAACUGGGCAAAUUCAUAGAAAAGUUUCAAGAAGUGAAAGAGGCGAUCCAGGCGCAGCAGAUGUCGGGCAAAGCCACCAACGGCAACAGCGGAGCCGCCACGCCCGUAGCGUCCGCCACGGCGUCCCCUCUGCUAGCCUCCCGCGCGCCCGCCGACGAGCCCCCGGUCGCUGCUCCCCCCGUACAGCCUAAAGUUGACAACGAUGAAAUGAUGGUCCACCAAAGAGCUCACUCCGUGUCGUCCUCACUACAGGGCGGAUAUGCGACAGUAGGCCGAGCGCCCCGCGGCCCCCUUGCGUCCACGGCGGCGCCCGAGCGCUCCGAGCUGCCUCCCGGCGAGUCCGCAGAACAGCAACUGAGAUACGAGAACGACCGCCUAAAACUGGCUUUGGCUCAGAGCUCAGCGAAUGCCAAAAAAUGGGAGGUCGAGCUGGCAACGCUGAAGAGCAACAACCUCCGCGUAACAGCCGCCCUGCAGGAGAGCACCGCCAACGUGGACGAGUGGAAGAGACAGCUGCACCAGUACCGGGAGGAGGUGGCCCGCGCCAGACACUUUGCUGGGAAAGGUAACGACGCAAGCGAAGCCGAGCAGCUGCGGCAGCGCGUGGCACAGCUCGAGGCGGAGCUGGCCCAGAAGAACGAGGAGCUGGCACAGUUCACCAAGUCACGGAAGAGUGAACAGGACGCCGAAGCGAAGCUAGCUCAAAGCCAGCUGGAGCUAGCCCUGGCCGCCCAGGACGGACAGCGGCAGGUCAUCCAGGCGCUCAACGACCAGCUGGCCCGCCAGCUCGAGGAACUGUCGACGAUCCACCGCGAGAUUAACACGGCGCUGCAAACAUGAGACGCGGCCUCCAUUCAGCCGCCUCCUAUAUACGCGUCCGUUGUCAAGCCACCGGACCGGCGGCUGCCGCUGCUGCUGCGCGCGCGGGAGGGGCGGGACGGGAGGGAGGGGGAGGAGCCGAGCUACGUGACGGUGAAGACGAACAAAUGAACAGCGUUCUCGGUAUUUCGCAAGGUGCACGAAUUCUUUUAAUUUCCUAUCUGUAUUCUUGAUUAUCUUUUCGCGAGGUGGUCUCAGUGUUGGCGGUCUAAUCUGCGACUGUUUAGACGGGCACCCGUUGCGACGGGCACGAAUACCGGUCUCCCAGGAAACCUUACACCUGUGAAGUCUGUAGUAGGUGCGUGCGUGUGGGGCGGGUCGAUCUCCUUGUCAUACAGAUUGAUAUAUUAUUCUAAAAAUGUGUGUAUUGUGAGCGUCCGCCGCGGUGAUCUUUGGCCUAUAGUCCGGUAGUACUGCUAACGGUUGAAAUUUUAAAGUGUUCUAUUUCUAUUCUUACUUUAGCUUGGAUUUGAAAUAAAAUGUGACUUGAAUAAAAUAACAUUUAAUUAUAAUUAUGUAGGUAUUUCACAUUCUGCGGUUAGCCUUUGCUUAAAUCAUUUGAGCCGAAAAUAUAUUGCAUUCUGACGAGGUCAUGGGAUCACAAGGCGGGCUCAGAUAAGCGUAUUUUUCCAUGUCACUCAAACAAAGCGAUACAAUUCGCUUCAAUGACUUAUUUAAUAAAUACGUAACAUUUUUAGAUCGUUGCUACAUUGAGAUCACUAAACACUGUAGUUUUAACAUCACUUUUUAAUUUUAGAUCAUGACAUCCGCGCAUCAUAAAUGUCACUCGUUUUUAUCACUGCAUAAUGUUUCACAAACAAUUGUCAAAUUUUAACCAUAAUUUGCUUUUCGGAUUGUAUGGGUAGAUAUAUAAGCUGUCAUUCCAUAACCUUCCAUAGUACACAUGCACUGUAUUGGCAUUAACGGUUAUUUUCAAAAUAUGUCUUAUUGUUUGAGAUGAGAGUCAGUAGGUACGCUAAAAACUUAAAUUUUUUUUAAAGACGACUUUCAUUGUUAUAGCAGAGGAUUUCAGCUCUGUUUUUCGUUAACAUGUUCUCGAAUAAUAAAUAUGUAUAUUCAUUUUGUAUUUAAAAUAUAAAUGAGAUCGAACGAGAAAUCUAUCAUUUCUCUGGCCUAAAUCAUUUCUUAUUAUAUUUACGUAGUGUUAUUCCUUUCCUAACGUAUGACAUCAUCUCUAUUGCAUUGAAUCCAAUUCUUAUUGUCUUUGCAAGUCACAAUGAAAACUAUUAUUAUGCCAUCUCAGAAACAUAAAUAAUUCUUUAUAAUUAGUGGAGAUAAAAUAUUGCAUGACAGCUAUCUCAUACAAGAUAAUGCUCCAAAGUUCUUCAAUAUUAGAAGAAAUAGUUGUUAAGUUAAUAACUUUCAGAGUAAUCUCUUUUGCGCAUUUUAAUGCAUUUCAGAACACGUCAGAUGUGUUGAGUUAGCCUCGAAUCUGUAGGUAGUCAUUUUAGCGCCUUGCCACUAACGCAUUUGGGUGAGCCGAUAAUUUUACUGAAGUAAAAGUGGUGGUGAUUGUAAUCCUGCUCAUUUGGUGGACCAACCACAAACCUGAUGUAACAAAUCGCUAAAAUUACUUGCUAUUUUUGAGGCUGACUGUGCGUGUGUUAUAUAUAAAGUCUUUAUAAUACAUUGCAUACUACGCAAUGAAAUUAAUAACAUAAAUUAAGACAUGUAUAAGUUCUUUUUAUUAUAAAGACAUGUGUCGUCUUGUACAUACGUUGUAAAUCGUGUUAUCGAACAAAUGCCAAAAACUUUUAUUAAUUUUAAAAUACUAAUGUAUAUUUUUAAACGGUAGUAUGAUAAGUUUGUUUUUAACUGUUCGCAUGGUGAAAUACCGAAUUAGAAAUGAUGUUUUAAUGUACCCCUAUUCGGAAUCUACGUCUGAAGGAAGGCAGGCUGUGUCGUGUCCUAGUGUAUGUGUAUAUUGAAUAAUUCUGUAAUUGAUAUUAUACCUAAAUUAACAUUAGUCGAGACCCCACCAUUGCGUUGCCAUCGACACUCCAGAACGCAAAUUAAAUUAUAAAAAUUAAUAUAUAAAAGUAAUUCCUUAUAACGGGACAUGGAGGCAGUGUUUUCAUAUAUACUCGUAAAUGAAGGUUAUUUUACUCUCAAUAGUAUUAUGAAAUUAUCAAGUAUUAGUUAUAAAUUAACUUGAAGUUCUGUAUAUGUAGGUUCAUGUUCUCGUUAUAAAUCAUGUCAACAAUUUCGUUGAUUUCGGAAGUAAUGAAAAUGACUAAACCAUUGCGUGAUGAUGAGAAUAUUGUACAACAAAAUAAUUGCACGUGAGGAUUUAGAAUCAGUAUAUUUUAAUGAAGACACGACAUAUUUGUAUGAAAACACUGGCUCAUAUUCUCGUUCUAAUGAAAUUUUAAAAACAAUGAAAAUUAUUAUAAGCUUGACUAAAAUUUGAAAAGCGAAACAUAAAAUUAAUAAGAUAUUACAUAGUUGUAAGAGUAGUGUAAUGUUUACCAAAAUUAUAUCCUAUUAAUUAUAAACUUACUGAUCUGUAAGAAUGCCUAAGCAUUCAAACUGCAUUUCUUUUACUCGAAUAUUACGUUAUUAUUUAAUCUACAGUAUUUAACUAAAUCUCUUCAAUAAUGAUAAACUAGUAUUUAAAUGUGGUAACUUUGUCGAAUAAUGUAGGCGAUGUUCAUUUUUAUCCCCGUAUUUCAAAAAUAAUGAUCUGUAGAUAACUUUGAUGCCAUCUAACUAAAUUUAAUAAAAAAAAAUAUUUCAAAGAUUUAACCUAACGAAUAAUUUUUUCUCGUUCUUUCAAUAGAUAAUUAAGAAAAAAUUAUCAGAAGUUCUACCUACAUUUUUCGUCAAAAUAACAAAAUCUUUGAAUAUAUCUGGUAUAAGAUUAUUUGUCCAAAUAUAAAAUUCCAAUCCUAGUAUUAAGGUUCGGAUUCCUAGUAAUUUGAUUUCGCUUGCGUCGUUUCAAAACCCUGUAUUGCAUAGAGACCCCUUAGCGAAUUAGUGAACUUUUGACAGAUAAUAGUUAUCUGUAAUGCGCGUCAAAACUAUUGACCGUUGUAUUCGUUGCCAAAAAUCAUUACUACACAUUUAAAAGGAACGAUCCACGGUAUAUGUAUGGCGUCAGGCGUUUCUCUAUAGCUCGCGAGGAUGAGCUAUUUAUUAGGUAUUCAAUCAUUCUCUGAUCAUCAGCACAACACAGGGACUAGCAUAACUGUCUGGCAAACCUAAAUCUGGUGCACGAGAGUGUCAUCUGCCUCUCCCGAUCAGUACUAAUUAGAAAGAGGUGGGCUUAUCUCACUCGUGACCUUAGUCGAUCAGUAGUCAAUUAUAAGCGCUCGGAUAACUGUGAGUAAUGAUUUUUGACAUAUGUUAUGAACAAUAUUUUUAGUUUCUAUUCUAUUUUUAAUUAGUUUUAUUCAUCAUUUCUCUUAGGCUAGGGUUUUUAUAAUAUGAAUAUAAAAGUAAAAUAUAAAAACACUUACAAAACAAUAAAAAAUACAUAUAAACACAUUAUAAAAAACCUAACCUAGGGUGCCGCCAGCAGCGGGGCAAUUAGUUAUUAUUAUCAGUAUUUCAAGCAAGGCUGGCUUUUAGUUUUCGUUUAUUUUUCAAAAUAAUUUUUCUUUGAAUACAGAUGAAUAUUCUCUGUCAAACCUCUUUGAAAAUAUUAAAAAAACAAAAUGAUAUCAUUGAAAAAGGCUGAGGACACAAUUUUUAAGAUAUACAAUGUUUCUAAACAGGGUAAUUUCAUUUACUGUUGUGUAAUUUUGAAUAGAGACGUUGUUAUUCGAUUUUUACUCUUGUCUAUUGAAUAACAAGACGCAUUUUCGUAGUAACACUUUGUUGGCUAACGUUAAAAAAACGAGCGUUUUUCUAAGUGCUUGCCAAACACGUAUUGUCAAAAUAUACGCGAUUUUACUAUGUGUAGCUAAACGUAUAAAAAUGUAAUCGAAAUUUUAGUAUUAACGCUAUUUCAUUAUUUCUUUCCGCAGUUGUUAUUAUUAAAAAUAGAUUUAAAUUGAAUAUUAAUGAUAUUAUUUCAUAGGUAAAUUAAUACUUAGUUUUAGGUAAACAUAUAAGUGUUUUAUAGUGACUCACUAUUUAUUUGUAAAUGUAAAUCUGUUUAUCACAUAAUAUAGAUAGUAACGUAGCCCGAAUGAUCUGUUGGUAUUGAGAAGUGUAAUAUAGUGUUAGGAGUACCUAAAGUAAGUGUUAUUUUCAACAUUCGUAAACAAAAUGUUAAGUGUGGUUGCAAUAUAUAUAGAUACAUUAUCAUAGAACAGUUAUAAUGAAAUAGAACAAAUGUAUACAAUUGAUUUCCUAUAGACAAAAUAAAUCUCAAAUUAAAAUAGAACGGAAAGAAGAAUUAAAAUAGCGAAAUGACAGAGCAAUCAAUGGAGAUGGCUCGCAUGUACCCACCGACUUGAAUUGGAGUGCCAAUGUGUAUAAUGUAGUCCACUUUAUGUAUGCCUCACACCGCUUCUACGAUACUAGUUUUCAUUAUCCUCCUAAGGCCCAGUCAUACAAAUGCAAAAUGCCAAAUGAACCUACGAUGUAAGAAAUAGAGUUGAUUUUGCGUUGUUCAAAAAUUUAACGAAACAAAGCAAAAACAAUUUUGUUCCAAUCGAAUAUGAUUUAAAUUUCAUUGAACUGAAUAAGUACUAUAGGUAGGACCUUGGGACUUAGGAGGUUAUAAUAAAUACAUUUGUAUGCUGAAUUUAUUAUCGUCUCCAGCACUGCAAUCUAUUAAUACUGACAAGUAUAUUUAAACUUUUUAGUAUACCUUUAGAUAGUGUUCUAAUACUGUAUAAGAAUACAGAGAACAGUGUUCUUAUGUGGGCGUUUUUAGAAUUAGAGUCCGUCACGUAAUGGAAUUCCACACACCAAAAAAAAUUUUUUUUUUACUAAAAAUGGGUUGAAUUUAGUCUACUAUUUAUAUAUUUUAUGAAAAUGUUACUUUCUUUCUAUAUACAUUAUUUAUAUUCUUAAUAAAUCAUUUUAAACUGAAUGACAGCCAAUGUGACGAUCCAUUACGUUACAAGUUUUAGGCAGGUUUUAAGUGAAGAUCGGAGUGUUUUAAGUGAACCAGUUUUUAUUUAUUGAAAUACAAAACAAUAUUAAUUUUCUAAAAACGAAUAACAACUGCAAUACUAAGUGUUACAAUAAAGUUAUUUAAAGAAGUCUUUCCAAUACGUCACAUUUUUCGUUUUAAUUGUUGCUUUGCAAUCAUUUUGUUACAAAAAACGUAAGGUAAAGGUAUUAUAAAAAGUUGUUUUUAAUAAUUAUCAUAUAUUAUUCUUGCAAAUGAGAUCGAAAUCAGUAUCAAUUAUCCUAAUAAUUAAUAUAAAUUCUAAUAAAAUCAAUCACAGCCACAGUAGGACAAAGUGACGUUAUGGACCAUAAUAUCGCGUUUAGGAACUACAUGAAGGGUUUACAUGUGCGGAAAAUAGCUACUUAAUUUAAUACCUACUUAAUGUUGUACUAAAUUAAAUAAUUUAGUAAUUAAUACCUAUUAUUAUAGUUUAACUUAACAGAUUUUGAAAUUUUCUGCAGUAAUUAUGCUUUCGACUGCAGCAGUAUUGCAGCACGACAAUACUGCCGACUGCAUUACUGCUACAAAAUCAAAAUAGAUGUUACUGCCCAGUUUUUUGACAUUUGCAGUCAGCAGUAUUGUCGUACUGCAAUACUGCUGCAGUCGAAAGCAUAACCUGCGCCUGCCAGCGUUUCUUAGGUCGAGCCGCCACUGGUGCUAAGUAAUUACUAGUAGGUCGAGUAGUUAGAAGAAUAUAGCUAGAAUAAAAUUAUUUGUGUCUUUUUAAUAUCACUCUACCUACUAUAUUUUGGCAACUUAAAAUGACGGCAUGUAAACCGUGCAUUUUCAUUCCAUACGUCACGUUUUUUUGUUCCACUAAUACAUCACGUAACGUUUUGGAUGUGACGUAGGCAUGCCGGUUGGUUAAUAAAGCGAAAUAGCGGUCUGAUCGUUUGAAUUUUCUUAAUUAUAAUUAUUUGAUAUCAUACAACACAUAAUAAUCUAACGUAAUUCAUAAAUAUUUAGUCAAUAAUUGGCUCCUUAUCUUCAGUUUAAUUCAGUUCGUUGUGGAAAACAAAUUUCUGCACAUCGUGACGCACAACCUACACUAGCUUUUUUCGAGCCCAAUUGCCUUGUAAAACCUAAACCCCGGGUAAUUAUAGGAACAUAAUGUUACGAUCAUGUAAAAAUCCGUAUGAUAUUAGUAGAUUUUUGCUAGUAAGUUGGUAAAAACUCCGUGACGUUGGUGGAAAUUUCCACUACGUCGAUAUUGAAGGACAACAAUAAAUUAAACUUUAAUGCAUAUUUUUACUUUAGGUGCUAAAAAAUAAGGUUUUUAAUAGAUUUUGGCUGGUACGAUCUUAUCACACAACAACCAGGUUCGGGCCUAGAAGGAGGCAGAUAUAUAAUAUUUGGAUCCAAAGUAUGCAAAGUGUGCAUGGGACACUCAAAAAUCAUCUCCCUUUCUUCAGUUUUUGUACAUUUUCUUUACUAUAAAGUACCAUUUAAUCAGUUUUUUACCAUAAAUACUCAGAUAAUAAAUCACUUUACAAUUUUUGUAUACAUGUAGUACACUUUAAAACAAUAUUUGACGGUAAAAAAGUAUACCAAAGUCGUGGGACAGUGAUAUUUUACCCAAAUAUUUUUUUCCGAAAACGCCCAUGUGCAUUAGAACGCUAUUUUUAUAGAGAUAAUGCUCGCAUUCUGCCGUCGUAGAUAAAAUAUAGUAUUCAACGUACCUACCAUAACUAGGUCAUAAAAAUUGUUGUUAUUAAAAACAUCGGGCAAGUCUCGUUUCAUAACUUCCACCCUCGAAUUUUCAGAACCCUUGUUAAGUAACUGUUGUAUAAAAUUAAAAAUACUAUCCUCGUGCCCUCUUAUGUACGUUGUUACUCUGUUUCAAUAGAAUUUCAACCAUCAUUAACAUAUCUUUGGUCUCGUAAAAAUUUCGAACAAAUGAAAUUCAACCCAAUUAAAAAUACAAUUAGGUUCAAACUUUCUUAGCUAUAAUUUUGUAUGGUGGGUGGCACAAGGAUUUAGGAGAACUAGUGUCGUCAGCGGUCCGUGAGCCGUCUUCGUUGUGCGCCAUACUUGUUGUAUUCACGACAUAGGAUAUUAUAAAUUAAAUUAUUGUUUUAUAGGCUGCGCUGCGUUUGUUCCUUUCACAGUACGUGACAAUUGUGUAAUACUAAUAUUUAUUUAUUUUAUACUUCUAUAUAUACUCCGGCCGUUGCAAUUGUGUACCUAUUCGCAAUAUGUAUUUAAAAUUGUAGUUUCUGAGUAUGGUAUUAUAAUCGAUUAAUUUGAGUUUUUACUAUUUAACUCCCGUGAAACUCGGAACACAUUCUAAUUUAAUGUACUCACACUAUUUUAGUCGGAAUAUGUUCUAUGGCCCGCGCAAUAAAAUUGAUCUGAAUGCCUAUAAAGGGAAUUGUGCAAUAGAAACUAGUAGGUAUGUCUAGGUUAUAAUCUAAUUUGGGCAAAGAUAAAUUAACUGCAUUGACUCGCUUGAAAUAAUUGUCUCAUGAAUAAUUUAAAAACUGUCGAAAUGUGUAGCAUAGUACAUUAUAUGAACAUGUAUCUUAUUCAUAUUAUUGCAACGAAAUAAGGAUGCCAAAUGCCACCUCACUGUGUUGUUAGAGAUUUUAAAGAAUACCUCAAAUUCACCGGUUUUUUUCUUAAUGAUUUUCAUACCUACAUUACCUGAAUAUUUGAAAUUCACCGAUGAUUGUCAAUGAAAGUCAGGGGCUCUGAUGGCUUACCGCGAACCACGUCCGACGUGUUCUCUCUCUGUCGCACUUGUAAAUUGGUACGUAAGUGUGACAGGGAGGCAACACGUCGAACGUGGUUCGCGGUAGGCCCUCUGUCCUUAAAUGCAUCGAAAUUAUAAGCAGGAUAGAAGUUUAAUAAAAGGCAUAUAAAAUGAAUGAAUUUGAAUGAUUGGACCCAGAAUGGAGUCCUUAAUCAACAAACGCAGCGAAGCCUACGUAUGUGUACGUAAUAUCUUCCAUUAGUUUCGUAGUCGCUGUGAGCUACCGUAUGCAUUACAAUAAAUAUAUAAAUAUCGAUUUAAAUA